AAAUGGUUUCUUUUCUAUGUCUUCUCGCUUUUCAUUUCAGAAAUACUCCGUUUACGGUGUCUUUUCUGUUUUGAUAAGCCCUGAAACUUCCUUUCCGCUGCCUCACUCGUCCGGGUGGGCGUGGCUUCGACUUUACUCUCUCCCUACUUUUCCUUCCUUCUUCUUUUGCUCUUUCCCUCGUUUUCCUCCUUCUUCUUUUGCUCUUCCCUCCUUUUCUUUUCCUCGUUCUUAUCUUCCUUUCUUGGGUCCACCAAAAGCCCCAAUUGAAGCUCCCCCCGCUGCCUCACUUUGAUCUUGCCAAUUGGAUAAUUUGCUAGUUAUUUGUGUUACUGUUUCUUUAGUUUUUUCAGCUAUGUCUGAUCCUGCGUCAGCGCAUCAGAUCAUUUUGCCAGAGAGGCCGCCUCGCCUUCCUUCUCCGACUACUCCUGGUCUCCCUCCGAUGCCAUCUGUCCUUGGUGGACUGCCACAGAGUGCUGGAUGCCCCGAUGGAUCGCUGGACACGACGCCACGCAGACCUCUGAGCCAUUUGCCCGCUUCUGGUCACUCCUCCGUGAUGACAACGCGGUCUGGUAGUCUUCACCCUGCUCCUGCUCCACGUCGCCACAUCUCUGCCGCUGCUGUUCCCUCUGGUCCUCCUCUGCUGAGAAGUGGUUCCCUGUGCCAGAUGCUCUCCAUCAUCUCUGCCAGGACGUCUGCCUCCUCUCGCAUCUGCAAUGAUGUCUUCGCUUCCCGCUCCCGGACUUCGCCUCCUUCGGAAACGCUCACUGCACCGCUCGUGCCUCUUACUUCGGCUCCAUCCUUACCUUCUCCUGGCUCCAUCCCUGCUACCAGUGCCCCUUCUUCAGAUUCCCCAGUGUGUCACCACACAAGAUCACGUGCUGCUGCUGGACACUCCUGCUCGCACACUUCUCCGACCAAGUCUCCUGUUGCUGCUGACACGCUGGUUGCUCGAUCUGCCACUUCUACUUCUCCUUCGGGUAGUCCAACAGUUCGUUCGCCGUCCUCUGCGAUCUCUGCUGAUGAAACUCCUAGUGCUUCCUCCUCUCCUGUUCCUGCUCCUGCAACUUCUGGCGACAGAGCGUCUCUCCUGUUUUCCGACGAAUCUGCUUCUAGGCGGGGGUCUCCUUCACGCCCGGAUUCUGGUAUUUCUCCUCCUGCUGCUGUGCCCGCGUCUCCUGGUGUCUCCACUUGCUCUUCUCCGGUUGACUGUCCAACGUGUGGUAAGUCGUUCCUCAACAAGAGACAGCUACGCUUUCACCGCUUCCGCCGUCAUCGCCUUGCUCCUCCUCCCGCCUCUCCUGGUGCUGCUGACUUCUCUUCCACUGGCCAUCCGCAGCUCCCGUCUACUUCUCUUCAAGCCUCACCGCCUCCUUCCAAUGCUCCAUCUUCAGGCGCUCCUAUUCCUUCUACUACGUGCCGCGAGGGUUACCACGCUCCAUCUCGUCUUUCCUCCUUUGCAACUCCCGGCUUGCCAACAAGGUUUCUGUCCAUGCCUGUUUCCGCACCUCGCCUCCCGUCAUCUCCACUGGUGCCUCUUUCCGCUGGAAGUGUACAGUUUGUCCGUUCUCGUGUCCUUCCCGGAAAGGGUUAUUCAACCACUCCGAAUUCCACCGGCGUGCUGAGAGGAACUCUUCUAUUGACCACAACACACAACAUUCAUCUUCCUGCUCCUGUGCCUCAGCGACAGCGCCGUAGACAGCCGCACCCUCCACCUGGUGCCUCUUCUUCACCCGCUGACGUGUCCUCCAGAUCUCCGGCUACGUCCGCUCCAGCUCCUCCUGUGACUUCUGUGGACGCUCCUUCUUCACCUGCUCCAGUCCCAUCUCCUUGCUCUUCCGAUUCGUCUCCUGCUGUAUCGGCCUCUCACUCCCUGCCACCUUCUCCUCCCGACGUCUCCAGGACUACUCCUGAUGCUCCUCGUCCAGGGCUUCUUCAUCCCUCUUCGGCCGCUCAUCCUGCUCCUGUGUCGACUUCUGCCUCACCUGCUGCCUCCUCCUCCCGUGCUGUUGUUCCCCCUGAUUGCCUCGUCUCUGCAUCUCCUCCCUCCUCUUCGUCACCUGCUGAUGACACACAAUCUUCUGCCGUCUUCCCCACUUCCGAGUUUCCUGAUGUCGACCUUCAUGAGGUUGUCCCCGUUGUGGCCGCUGAAGACCCUGCUCGUAUUCCUCCGGCAGACGAAAUUCCGGUCACUGAGCCUCCUCUCCUGAACUUCUGGGAUUCGCUGCAUAGCUUUUCUUCUGGGACUACUGACGAUGAUGCUUGGGACUCCUUUGAGGCCUGCCUUCUGAACGUCACGGAGUCUGCCUCAGAAAUUGUCAAGCUCCCUCCUCCUUCUCCUCCUGUGCCUGGUUCUCCGCGCCCGGUCAACACCUCUAAUCCUCGGGUCAUUCAACGUUUUAUACCGGAGAAAUCGUCGCAGAGCCAUCCGUCUCCUUUCCUCUGA